ACAAUAUUUACCGCAUCGCCGGAAAAACAAGAGAAAUUGAAAACUCCCCCACUCUCUUCGUCUCUCGUCGUCCUUUGUGCAAAAUCGAAUCUGUGAAAAAAUUGAGAAGGAUGAAGGCUUCAGGGUCUAGUGGUUGGAAAGGUCCCGUCAAGUUCAGGAUGCCUACUGCAGAGAACUUGGUACCUAUUCGAUUGGACAUUCAAUUCGAGGGUCAGCGUUACAAAGACGCUUUCACUUGGAACCCUUCAGACCCGGAUAGUGAGAUCCUUGUCUUCGCCAGAAGGACUGUUAAAGACUUGAAACUUCCACAGGCGUUCAACACUCAGAUUUCUCAAUCUAUUCAGUCUCAGCUCGCAGAUUUUAGAGCAUAUGAAGGACAAGAUAUGUACACUGGUGAAAAAAUCAUACCAAUCAAGCUUGAUCUCCGAGUUAACCAUACCCUCAUCAAGGAUCAGUUUUUGUGGGACCUAAACAAUUUUGAGAGUGAUCCUGAGGAAUUUGCAAGAACCUUGUGUAAGGAUUUAGGUGUUGAAGAUCCUGAAGUUGGCCCUGCUGUUGCCUUUGCCAUCAGAGAACAACUUUACGAGAUUGCAGUUCAAAGUGUAACUUCAGCUAGGGAGAGUAGGUUAAGCAAGAAAAGCCGCAGAGGAUCUGAUUAUGGUUCAGCGAGGUCUUUACACCAAGGCUGGCUUGUCAAUGGACUUAGUGAAAUUAUUCAGCUUUAAGUCCAGUGUAGUUCGGAAAAGGAAAGACUUGGAUUUUUAUGAACCAAUGGUGGAUAUGCUAACAAAUGAGGAAGUCGAUGCUCUUGAAGGCAGAGAAGAGAGGCAUGCAAGGUGAAGAAGAGCUUCGUGGAACAUUGUAUAUGUCUUAGGACAUAACUCAAAAUGAAGAUUAGCACGAACUCAAAAUGAUGUUGUACUAUGGUUAACUGGAAUCUUAUGAUCUUAGGGGGAACUUUUCUUGAAUUGAUCGACUUAGCAUUCUUACAACAAAUUAUAUAGACUCAUAUCUUAUAAGACA